AUGGACUGUCUGAGGAAUGUAUUCGAUAAAGAUUUCAUCCACUCUCCUCUGCUGCAGUUUAAGGCACAGAAACGAGUGCUUGCUGGAGGACUUGUACUUAUUUAUGACUCA